UUUCUACACUAGAAAGUAUGGAACUUCAAACAAUUAUGAAGCCAAUAGUAGCAGAUCCAAAUCCUAAAUUACUUUAUCAACCUCAAAUCAAAGAGACUCAACUUGUUCGCUUUUGCAGAUUUGUAGAACAAAGGCAUCCAGUGAAAUUAGAAAAUUAUUGGGAUCUUCAUGCAUGGUCUGUAAAAAAUUAUCCAGAGUUUUGGGAUUGCGUUUGGAAAUUUUUUGAUAUCCAUACUCUCCAGCCCUACACCGAAGUUUAUGAUAAGGAAAAUGACUUUACGAACAUGGAAUGGUUCAAAGGAGCUAGAAUCAACUACGCUGCGAACAUUUUGAAAUACAGAGAUUCACAUACAGCUAUAAUUGAAUGUGAUGAUUAUGACAAUGUCGCCUAUAUCACAUAUGCACAGUUGUACGAAGAAGUCAAAAUAUAUAGAGAAGCUUUGAAAGAGAAUGGAAUAUGCAAAGGAGAUGUAGUUGGAGUAUAUAUGUCAAAUAAGAAGGAAGCAAUUUUCUCCUUUCUCGCAACUGCGAGUCUUGGUGCAAAAUGGUGUGGAUCACUGCCUCUUAUGGGUGUAAAGGGAGCUCUUUCACGAUUUGAGCAAGAACAGCCUAAAGUACUUUUCACUGCAGGAAACUUUCAUUUUGAAGACACAGAGAUUAAAAUGAUGGAAAAACUUCCCGCUGUUGUAAACGCCCUUCCUGAAUUGAAGAAAGUAGUUUUCGUACCUUCCAGAAAUAAAGAUAUAGUGGAAACAAUAGAUCACAUACCGAAAUGUGUUUUCAUAUCAGAUUUUCUUGAAUCUGCACGAAGUAAACAUGAUCUAGGUGACAUUCAAUUUGAAGAAGUGCCAUUCGACUAUCCUCUUUGUAUCAGCUUCACUUCGGGUACAACGGGUCCUCCGAAACGCCUAAUACAUUCACAUGGCAGCUUUAUAACUACCAUAAGAGAUUAUGGAUUACAUCAAGAUCAUGGUAGAAAAGAUGUUAAUUUCAACAUAUCUCCAGUAGGUUGGAUAUCAUGGAACAUGGCUAUUAAUUCUCUACAUUUAGGCUUAACAUUAGUAUCAUACGAUGGAUAUCCAUUUGAAACUUCUCCUACCCGUUUUUGGGACUUGGUGGAUAAAUUUGGCAUCACAUCGUCUUAUAUUUGGUCAAGCAUUGUAGAGACUAUGUUAUUGAAAGACCAUGGACCGACCUCUAAACAUUCGUUGAAGAAUUUAAGACAUCUUAUGACAAUGGGAAGCCCAGCAAAGCUUGAAGUUUAUGAUUUUCUUGCACAGAAAAUUAAGCCAGGAUUAUUUUUCAAUUCAGUGUAUGGUUGUACCGAAGUAUUUGGUCAACUGACUGGGUGUGAUUUUAAUCUUCCAGUAUAUAGAGGUGAAUUGCAAGCUCCAUCUUUGGCAAUGGAUUUGAAAGUUUUGAAUGAAAAAGGUGAAUCAGUAGUAGGUGAAAGGGGAGAAGUUGUAAUUUCAAACCCUUAUCCAGCGAUGCCCAUAGCUGCAAUAAAUCACAAAGGCGAAUCUGUUGUGACAGAAACAUAUCUGACACAAUAUCCAGGUCAUUGGUGUGUUGGUGACGAUGCAUGGAUCAAUCCAAACACAAAAGGAAUGAUUAUCUAUGGACGGAGUGACGAAACAAUGAAUCCAAAAGGAGCAAGAUUCAACUGCUCUGAAAUUUAUUUUGCACUUGAAGGCUUUCCAGGUCUUAUGGAUUAUGUAUGCGCAUCUCAGUACAAUUCAAGUUUAGAUGAACGUGUAGUUUUGUUUGUCAAAAUGCUUCCAAAACAUCAUUUGACUGCCGAUGUUAUACAGAAAAUCAAACAAACCAUUGAAGAAGUACUGACUUUUGAGCACGUUCCUGAAAUUAUCAUGGAAGCACCAGAUAUACCAUAUAACAUGACAGGAAAGAAGCUUAAUGGAUUAGUGAAGAAAUUAAUCAACAAACGAGAAGUUUUGAAUUCAGAAGUUGUCAUCAAUCCAAAGUCUGUAGAAUUUUUCAAGGCAGUAGAGCUUGGAGAUUUCUGAUCAUUUAAUCAAAAUCUUUGAUUUUUAAAUAACUUUUUCGAAAAAUGACAUUAAACUCAUGACCUAAAUUUACUCAAAAGAAAACGGAGUGAAAUAUGAAAAACGAUUUAUUUUUAUUAUUGGUGAACUAAUAGCUUUUCAGUUAUCUCUUCAUACCAUGUGCUAUUUCAAAAGUGUUGUACAGAGCUUAAAAAAUAUUUUUAUGCUGUCAAAAUCUGUGAUAAUAGAUGCACCAAAAGUAAGUGAUGAAACCAUGAAAGGUAGUAAAAGAAAUUGCUCCAACAAUGAAAUAGUCGAUUAAAUUCUUUAAAUUUAAAAAUUUUGUUUUACGAGAUUAUUUGUUUUUCAUACAUAGAAUGCUCAUUUUAUGCUUUAAAUUUAUCUCGGACUUUGUGAAAUCGGAAUCUUCACUCAAAGCGUUCUGAUGAUCUGACUUUAUUUAUAAUUUAAAUAGACAUAUGGUUCAUCAUAAAUGUAUAUUUUAAUCAUUUGUGUAAUUGUAUUUUAUACUAUUUAAUAAAUAAAUUAUUAUGA